AUGGAAAACGACUCUCGAGAAGAUCGCCUUCAAGAACUUUGGGAAGAAGUCUUGGCAGAGUAUGAGAAAAUUACUGACGAACCCCUUCAGGACAGACAUGUUCUGAGCGUUGAUGAGAUGCGAGUCAAGCUCGAUGAAAUCUCUCAAGCGGAAAAAGGGGAGAUCAUCAAGAAGUCAGCGGAGGCUGUUUGUAGUGUAGCAUCGGCAGCAUCAUCGGUUCUCCCGUACGCAUCCAUCGUUCUUGACGCUCUGUCAGCCCUGGGCAACACAGCACAGGGUUACAACGAGAACUUCACCAAGAAGCAUGUUUUGGAGCAUUUCAAAAGCGUCGCCUGGAACCUGGACCGAAUCGAAGGUUACAUGAAACUGGUUAAUGAGGGCUUUGAGCUGGACGCUACUCUGCAGACCACCAUCGUUCAGCUCUUUACUGGCAUGUUGAUGUUAUGCAAGAUCUACAGAAAAGUGGACAAGGAUUCAGAAACUCUCUCCGGACCGAUCAAGAACACGCUGAAAGCCGCGAUUCGAUACGACGGAGGGCUCAAGUCAUAUCUCAACGAGAUCAAGGACGCAACAGACCGUGAACUCAGGAACAACGUGGCCGCUCUGAGAGUCUCCGCAAUCUACGCCAACAGCGAAAGGAAUUCGGAAAAAUUGAGACAAGUCCUGCAAAUCGAGCCCAAUAACCACCCUUGGAUUGGUCGUCGAGACUCUCUCGAUAAACAGCAUAUCAAGGGAAUGGGUGACUGGCUCUAUGAGCAUCCCCAUUUCAGGUCAUGGGCAGAUGUUGAGGACGACACAAGGCCAAUACUCCUUCUCAACGGCGAAAGAGGUUCCGGGAAGACCUUUUUAUGCGCCCAAGCCAUUCGAAUUCUUGAGGAGAAGCACAAGUCACAAACCCCGAACGGCCGUGCAUCCAUCGCUUGGUUUUUUUUCCCUGAAACUGACGCGAGACAAAAGGACCUCCAUUCAGAAGGGGUGCAAGGAGCAAAACAGCAGCUUUAUGACGGAAAAGGCAAAUCUUCACUCCGCGACGCCUUGUUUGCUCUCGUUUGGCAGAUGGCCCAAGCAAACAGAUCUUUCCAAAGUUUUGCUGUCACGAGAUUCAACGCGAGACCACAUGGUUUCUCCAAGGCCAUGGACAUAUGGACCGAACUGAUUUUCAAGUUCAUCAAGGACCUUAAACAGGCUGUGGAUUCCUCAAAGGUUUUCUUUCUGGUCCUUGACGUAUGCAAGCAGCCCACCAACGGCACCGAUGAAGAGGAGGAAGCACUCUCCAGGAUUAUAAGAGACACAAAGAGCCAGAAAAAAGGUGCUCUGAUCAGGAUCCUACUCUCUGGAGAUAUGAAUCGCCAGGAACUCAAUAAGAGCACUUGGAGGCCAGAUCUAACGCACCAACAAUACGACGCCGAAAUCUUUGUUGAGGGCCGUUUGAAACAAUGUUACGAGAGGUGGACCAGAGAGCCGGAAGGGGGUAGAGUUCUCAGGGCAUUGCAAAGCUUGGCCAUCUCAGAUUUCGAAGGCACUUACCACGUCUUGGAUGCAUCACUCGAUGAGAUUAUAAAAGCAAGAGGGCUGCGUGAUCUCCGUGAGCUCAAGAAAAGGGGGCUGGGUCUUCUAAGAGCAACCGAGCGUCAUCUGGGGAUGCUAAGCGAAGAGCUCAGCGAUGAGGAGCUGAAAGAUUCGAAUGAGAUGAUAACCUGCUUGGUAUGCUUCAAGGACGCCGAGCUUACACUUGAUCAACUCAAGGCUUACCUCUAUAUUCGGCGCGGCGAGAGAGCUGCAACAUCAAUCGAAAGUCAAAUCCGGAAACUUCCACCAUGGUUGAUCUCAAUCACGGAUGAAGGACACGUCAUAUCCCCGGGGAUCAUCAAGCUUUUCGAUGGAAAAGAGAAAGAACCCAAGCCCUCAGAUCGUGGCCAAAACCAAGGCGGUUAUGACACCCCCGCCGACAUUGUUGACUCCACCAACCACGGUACGGAAAGAUCCAAUACCCCGCCCGGGACAUUCAUCUUCAACCUCCAGAGCCGCGUGAACAUGAUUCUCUCUCUCCUGGAAGCUGUCUGUCGCACAAGAUACAGACGUCACGCGGAUCUGACCUGCCUCUAUAAACAUGCAGCUACACAACUACUUCGAUGCUUCGAAAUGAUUCCAAAGGAACAGCUGGUCCAAACCGAAAAACGCACGAAAAAGAAAAUCGGAAAGCGUCUGCAUCAAUUCUUCAUGGAUGAGGAGGUCGUUGAGACCUGGCUGCCCGAAGGGGAUAUAGAUGAGCUUCUGGGCAAAGGCAAGAAGAAGGAGCUUUUGGGGACUCUUACAAAGAAGGUUCUGGAGUGGCUGGAAGACCAAGAUGUGAGAUCUGGUUUCCAGAAGUCAAUUGACAGAAGUCCACAAAGCGAAGGUCCAAGGACCUUCCAGUCAUUUGUGUCCCCUCUCAUCAAUCCGGCUCGACUUCUUCAUGCUCCUGUCAAAAUCAUUGCCUACCAAUGGCUUCGAGAGCAUAAUUGGAACGCUCUAUCGGCUCUAAAAUUCUUAAAUGAAGUGUCCUCCAAGGCCGAACUUGAACUCUCUCCCAGAAGAAAGCCUCACUCUAGAGGAGAAGAAGUUCUUGAAGUCCAGCGGUCCAAUGGAAAAUGUCCUAGGGACACAUCUUCUCCGAUAGGCGACUCCUUUAAAGAUGAACCCUGUUCAGAGAGCGAAUCAUCCUUUAAGAGCGAAUCUUCUUCUGAUGAGUCCGAGCUUACAUUUCCUUUCGAGAAGAACGACUUCAGCCGCAAGCACGUGGAGGUUGCCAAGAAUUGGGCCAUGAAACUUGUUGGUAUCACCAAAAGACAAGCGCACCGGAAUCCGACGCAGGAUGUUCGUCUGGCCGAAACUUAUUUCGAGCUUAAACAUUACGACAAAGCCCGACAAAGGUGCGAAUUUGCCAAAAUGCGCGAUCCCUGGAAUUUGCGGGCUACAUUAUGCCUCUCACGAGUCAUGGAGUGUACGGACAGACGGAAAAAGGCCCUCGAAGAACUCAUGAAGAUACGCCACAGCAUUCAGAGCCCAAAGUUCAGAGAACAAAAUCGUCAAGAGUGGCAACAUCAGCUUGACAGGCUCUGGCGUUUAUGUGAUGAGACGAACAGCGCAAAAGAGGCUUUCACCGUCUGCAGGUACCUCGCCAGGACAUUUCCGAACGAUCCAACCGUUCUUUUUCUCGACAAAGCGUUUGAAUGGAUGGAAAAGAGCAAGACAUUGACUGAUGUCAUCGGAAGUCUCUCCAUGCCUAUCGGAAUGCAAAACAAUCGUAGUCUCUUGACGCUUUUGUUCCUUUCCAGUCCCGCGUCUCCCGAGUUUCAUGAAAGGUUCUACCUUGCUCUGAAGGACAGCAAGGACAAGAUUUUCAGAGCCUAUGAAGACGCAAUUACUGCAUCAGAUGACGCUUUGAAGACGAUCCAUCUCCGCUACUAUUACGGCUUGUCACUUUUGUAUCAGCAAGAAGUCACCGAGGCCAGAGACCAGUGGGAAAUGUGUAUCGCUUCUAUUCGAACCGCACAAAAGGACAGCCCUACGCCUGAAUCAAUAUUCGAGAUUUUCUCAAUGGUCGUGCACGGCCUGGUCUUGGCCUACAUCGAUGUCUUGAAAGGCGACAAAGGCAAGAAAGCUCACGAAUACACCGAAAAAAUGGAGAAACACAAAAGCUGGGCAGACAGAAAUUACCCAUUGAAGGCAAACUACCUGGCUCUCCUACUCGCACCGUUGUAUCGUGUCAGCGGCCACCACAAAAAAGCAAGGCUCUCUGUCGAGAAACACAUGGCAAGUGCAUUCGAACUUCUCAAAGACGGCGAGGAGGACAACGAUGGGAGCGGCUACUUCAUGCUAGCCGAGGCAUUGCUUGUACUUGCAGAUGAUGACAACGCGCGAGCCGCGUGGUCGAUCAUUGUAAACGAGCCUGAUGCGGAGUGGACAUCCAACCUCUCCAUUGCGUGCGCCGGUGGGUGCGGAUGGACGUGGGCGGACUCGAAGACUGAGGGCAGAGAAGUCUACAUUUGCAAGGACUGCGCCCACGUCCAUUUUGAAAAGAAUUGCCACGACAGACUGCAGAAGGGCAAGCUGGACCGCCGCGUUUGCGGGAAGCGCCAUGACUUCUUGACUGUCCCCAAACGGAAAGGCAAAGACGUCACGAAGAUCCAAAAUGGCACUGUUCUCGUAGGCCACGUCGAAAUGCGAACCAAAGACUGGGUAAACGGCGUCAGAUACAAAUAUGGGAUUCGAAAACCAGGUCUUACUUGGCCUAAGAGAGCAGUGGAGUCGUUGCAUAUAGCGAAAUCAGAGGUUGAGAGAGGGUUGAAUACGGCGAAGUGGAUAGCUGGAAGUUUGGAGGACAAAUUGUAG